GUGGUGCGGCCUGUUUCAUCAUCCCUCCAUUGCCGCGACGACAAACUUUUAUUUCUUCUCACCGGGAAAAUAUUCCGAUCUCACUCUUACGGAAUAUUCCCUUUCUCCUUCUGCUUCUCCUUCUGCUUCUCCUUCCUCAAAGUAGAUUAUGGAAAAUGACGUCAAGGUCGACGAGAAACUGGAGGAAGCAGACCGCCUUCUUCCUCAUCCUCAAUCUCUUCCCUCAAAUUCCGACGACGAAGAAUCCGAAUCCGAAGCCGCCUUCGAAUCGAGAGAUAAGAUCGUAAUCGUCGAUUUCGAAUCAUCCGGCGAUGCCGACGCCGCCACAGCGCCUCCUUUCUCGUGGAGGAAAUUGUGGCUGUUCACAGGUCCAGGUUUCCUGAUGAGCAUAGCGUUUUUGGAUCCGGGGAAUCUAGAAGGAGAUCUACAAGCAGGAGCGAUCGCUGGAUAUUCUCUACUAUGGCUCUUAAUGUGGGCCACCGCCAUGGGAUUACUGAUACAGAUGCUCUCCGCUAGAGUCGGUGUCGCCACCGGUCGUCAUCUGGCGGAGCUCUGCCGUGACGAGUAUCCGACUUGGGCUAGGUAUGUGCUUUGGUCUAUGGCGGAGAUUGCUCUGAUCGGAGCUGAUAUUCAAGAGGUUAUCGGGAGUGCAAUCGCGAUUCAGAUUCUUAGCCGUGGCGUUUUGCCGCUCUGGGCCGGUGUUGUCAUUACGGCGUCGGAUUGUUUUUUAUUUUUGUUUCUAGAGAAUUAUGGUGUGAGGAAGUUAGAAGCAGUUUUUGCAGUUUUGAUUGCAACUAUGGGUUUGUCUUUUGCUUGGAUGUUUGGUGAAACCAAGCCAAGUGGAAAAGAACUUAUGAUAGGUAUAUUACUCCCAAGACUUAGCUCGAAGACAAUUAGACAAGCUGUAGGUGUUGUCGGCUGUGUCAUAAUGCCUCACAACGUGUUUUUGCAUUCGGCUCUUGUACAAUCGAGGAAAAUCGACCCGAAGAAGAAAUCUCGUGUUCAAGAGGCGCUUAACUACUAUCUGAUCGAGUCAUCGGUCGCCCUUUUCAUCUCUUUCAUGAUUAACCUCUUUGUGACUACCGUCUUUGCAAAAGGGUUUUACGGAACCGAGAAAGCUAAUAACAUCGGACUAGUUAACGCCGGUCAGUAUCUUCAGGAGAAGUUUGGAGGUGGGCUUCUCCCGAUUCUCUAUAUAUGGGGAAUCGGUUUGUUAGCAGCCGGACAAAGCAGUACAAUCACCGGUACUUACGCUGGUCAGUUUAUAAUGGGCGGGUUUUUGAACCUCCGGCUUAAGAAAUGGAUGAGAGCAGUUAUUACAAGAAGCUGUGCUAUCGUCCCGACCAUGAUCGUCGCGAUCGUGUUCAACACUUCUGAAGCUUCCUUGGAUGUUUUGAAUGAAUGGCUUAAUGUUCUUCAGUCUGUACAGAUUCCUUUCGCUCUUCUCCCUCUUCUAACUUUGGUAUCUAAAGAAGAAGUUAUGGGAGACUUCAAGAUUGGUCCUAUUCUCCAGAGAAUAGCAUGGACUGUGGCUGCACUUGUGAUGAUCAUCAAUGGGUAUCUUCUGUUGGAUUUCUUUGUAUCGGAAGUUGAUGGGUUUAUGUUUGGAGUCACGGUCUGCGUAUGGACGACUGCUUAUGUUGCCUUUAUAGUCUACCUCAUUUCACACAGCAACUUUGUUUCGUCUCCUUGGUCUUCUUCUUCUUCCAUAGAACUUCCCAAAAGAGUUACCAUCUCUGAUAGCUAGCUGCACAAAAAUAACAGUUGAAGAUACGGUAAACAAACUUCAAUCCUCUAUACAUACACCAAAAUGGUGAUAAGAGUUAGCUUUUGCCAAUGUGACAUCACAACUCUUUGUUGUACCUUUUUGUCUGUGCGAGUAAAGUGAUAUUCCAAAAUGAUCAAUGAAGAAUAAGGGUUGAGUAGCUACAGCAAAAUAUAUUACCAAAGCUCAGCUUGAGGCAUCGAUUAAUUCUCUAGUUGCUUAUAAUGUAUCAAGGCAUGGAUUCUGUUUUUAAAUAUUACUAUAAAUCCAAACUUUAGU